CCAAUUGAAGUUAGCGUAAGAAAGUCAUCCAAACCCCGUGGCCCAAUCGAUUAAAAACCCAAAUGGCAUCACCAUCAACAGUCUCUCAAUCCCUUCUCUUCAAAUCCCAGAUUUUUCGCCACAAUCUGCCCAUAUGGAAAACCACAAGAACCACCAAAAAUGAUAGUCGUAUACCAGCGACACGACGAUUCCCCCGCGUUCGUCUUCUUCUACUACCUCCUCAUCUUCGUCUUCCUCGUCCUUGUCUUCAAAUUCGCCAUUUUAAUCUUCUUUGUCUUUCUUCUUUACGUCCUCUGCUUCGAGCUCGUUCACCUCCUCUCUUACUUUUUAUGUCCUCCUUAGCUGAUUCCAACUCCACCAACAACACCACCAACACCAAAACCGUGAGGGUGGUGGUGAAGGGGAGGGUGCAGGGGGUGUUCUAUAGGAACUGGACGAUGGAAAAUGCCAAGGAGUUGGGGUUGAAGGGGUGGGUUAGGAACAGGAGGAAUGGAUCUGUGGAGGCACUGUUUUCUGGGAGUACUGAUAAGGUUCAGGAGAUGGAGCAGCGGUGCCGGAGGGGUCCACCGGCUGCAAUGGUCACCGGUCUGGAAGUUUUUCCAUGUGGCGAUGACCCGGGCACUGGAUUCGAACGCAGAUCAACUGUUUAAUCGAAUGACUAGACGACUCUGGCUAAGGCAAGACUAAUAGCGGUAGUGAACUAGUAAGAAAAGUACAAUACUUUCUCUAAUUUAUGCCUUGUUUGGUGGUAUCAUGUAUGUUCGUCAUGCAAAAUUUCAUGUUUAUAAAGCAGCUGUUUUCUUGUACAUGUGAUUUGGUUAACCUAUGUCGGUUAUGCCCUUCUGCAAUCACAAACCUGAAAGUGAUAACUCCUAAGAUUUUUUUUUUUUUUUUUGAUAA